UUCAUCACUCCUCCUUUUGCUCAACCACCACCAGUAGAGAGAGAGAGAGAGAGAGAGAGAGAGAGAUUUCUAGGGUUAUUUUUUUUUUCAGCUUGUCUUGUGGCUAAGAGGGUUUUCAUGAGAAAGAAGAGAGGAGAUUUCUAGGUGGAGAUUUUGAGGGUUUUCUGUGGGAAGGGAAGAUAUCUAGGUUUUUUCUUUUCGUUUUUGGAAUUUUGAAUUUGCUUUGGAGAAUAUUGAAUGGGGAUAUAAGUUAGGCAGAGGAAGAAGAAACGGCGAUGCGAAAAUCAUUCAAGGAUUCUCUGAAAGCCCUCGAAGCGGAUAUCCAGCAUGCCAAUACUCUGGCUUCGGAUUAUCCAAGGGAAUAUGAUGGCGCCUGCCUACAGAUGAGAUUAUCGUACAGUCCUGCAGCCCACCUCUUCCUUUUUCUCGUGCAAUGGGCUGAUUGCAGCCUAGCUGGUCACCUUGGGUUGCUUAGAAUCCUUAUUUACCAGGCUUAUGCGGAUGGGAAGACUACUAUGUCUGUUCAUGAAAGGAAAGCUAGUAUCAGAGAAUUUUAUGCUGUAAUAUUUCCCUCAUUACUGCAACUUCAAAGAGGAAUCACCGAUGUGGAAGAUCGGAAACAGAGAGAAGUCUGUUUUGAGAAAUAUAAGAAAAGGGCUGAAGAAAGGAGGGGCAAACUUUCAGAACUGGAAGCAGAGAGAGAGGAAGAGUGUGGGAUUUGUAUGGAGCUGAAUAGCAAGGUCGUCCUGCCCAAUUGCAACCACACAUUGUGUAUGAAGUGCUAUCGAGAUUGGCGAGCACGUUCUCAGUCAUGCCCCUUCUGUCGAGAUUGUCUCAAGAGAGUGAACUCAUGCGACCUCUGGAUAUAUGCAGACAACCGGGAAGUCAUCGACAUGGCCUCAAUCUCCAGGGAGAACAUAAAGAGGUUGUUCAUGUUCAUAGAUAAAUUACCUCUCGUCAUACCUGAUACCGUUUUUCUUACCUAUGAUACUCAUAUCAGAUGAGUAUAUCAAUUGGGGAGUUUGCCUUUGGCAGGCUUCAUGCUUUGUUUAUGUGGUUGGACUGAGUUGUGUAACUGGAGCAGGUAUGGUCCCCACAAUCAGGAAGCCACUUUUUGUAUAUAUAUGGAUUAAAUAUCAUGAUAGUUGAAAUUGUAAAUACAGUUUACAUCAUGCCUUGUCAGGCUUCCAAGUUGAUGUUGCUGAUUUAUGAAUCUUGCUUCAUUGAAUACAUGUUGCUGAUUUGUGAAAUCUUGCUUCAUUGAAUAUGAAGAUGAUGAUAUUGUGUUUGGUUGUUC